CAUUCCUUGUCUAUGAUCAUUACUAUAUAUACAAAUACAACCUCCAGGUUCAGCAGUUUUUAGUUAGUUUCAAGACAUUGAAGAAAGACUUGGAUUGUCAGCUCCAGGUCAUCGUCAUAAAAUGGAAGCAACGGACAAGUCCUCCAAGCAAUCUUCUGGUAACGUGCCACCACUGCCAAGAUACUCCCGGGAUUCACUUGAAGUAUUCAACCCCUCCAAUGCCUACUCGAACCGACUCACUAACCCAGCAUUUCGUUCACCAAACCCCACCUGGAAAAGCUGGGUUGAUUCAAGUGCGAAAAAUGAACCCGUACCCAUCACCACCUCAUGGAUGGCCCUCAAGGACCCGGUCCCUACCCCACCACCCCUACAGCAAUCCCAGCAAGACGAGAAAAAACCGAAACAACAACAGUCGGGUGAGAUUGGGGUGGCAACAGAAAGGGCGGCCGAGUGGGGCCUGGUGCUAAAAACCGACGACGAGACAGGCAAGCCACAAGGGGUUAGCGUGAGAAGUUCGGGCGGGGAUGACCCGAAUGCAAAACCGGGUACAUCAAGAAGGGACUCGAACAACUCGGUGAGAAAUUCUAGCGAGUUAUCAGAUGACGGAGGGACUAGUAACAACAGUAAUAUCCCAAGACUGUCUGAAGACAUAAGAAAUGCACUGUCCACGUUCCAACAAACAUUUGUGGUAUCAGAUGCCACAAAACCGGACUAUCCAAUCUUGUAUGCAAGUGCUGGCUUCUUUAAAAUGACAGGUUAUACCUCUAAGGAGGUCAUUGGCAGGAAUUGUCGGUUCUUACAGGGUGCAGGCACCGACCCAGAAGAUGUAGCGAAAAUUAGGGAGGCUUUACGAGGAGAGGGUACUUACUGUGGGAGAUUGUUGAAUUACAAGAAAGAUGGUUCUCCCUUUUGGAACCUUCUUACUAUUGCACCCAUCAAGGACGAUUCUGGCAAAGUCCUCAAAUUCAUUGGAAUGCAAGUGGAAGUUAGCAAGCAUACUGAGGGGUCCAAGGAUAAGACCUUGCGUCCCAAUGGAUUGCCUGGAUCCUUGAUCCGAUAUGACGCACGUCAAAAAGAAAUGGCUACAAGUUCUGUAACAGAACUUGUUCAAGCAGUGAACAGACCUCGUGCACUCAGUGAAUCAACCAAUCGUCCGUUUAUGAGAAAAUCAGAAGGUGGUGGAGAAGAGGAAAGAAAAGGAGCUAUAGGAAGGCGAAACUCGGAGAAUGUGGCUCCAUAUAGACGAAAUUCUCACGGGGGUACUCGAAACUCAAUGCAACGUAUCAGUGAGUUGCCGGAAAAGAAACCAAGAAAAUCUAGCCGCCUUUCUUUC